CUGGAAUCAGUCGGAGCUGUGCACGAGGAGGCAUUAUGGACGAGAGCACGAUGCUGGCGCAGAAAAAGGCAAAGCAGGAUCAGGAUCAGGAUCAGCAAGCACAGCAGGCACGGCAGCAGGAUCAGCAGCAGAAGAGCGGCGGUGACACGUCCAUGAUGGAUACAGCAUCAACAGAAGACAAGAAGGCUCCACCCGCACAGGUGGACGUGAGCAAAGAAGAGAAAGAGGAGAUGACGAAGAAGGAAAAGGGAGGGAAGCAGAAGGAGAAGAACGCCAACAAGACACAAGCAAAGGGCGCCGGCAUGUCGGAUGAGGCAUACCUGCAGACAUUGAGCGAGGAUCGGCGCCCACCGCCGGCCAACGUCACGCCCGAUCUCAUCUUCCGCAUCUCAGACCCGCACCUGCGCCGCUUCAUCCGCUGGGUGCACCAGGAGUACCCGUUGGAGUUUGUCGGCUACAGCAACGAGCUGCUCUUUGCCAAGGUGGACGUGGAUCGCACAAAGAGCAUGCCGGCGUACGCAACAGCAACAGAGCAGCACUUUGCACACAGCCUGGACAUUGGCUUUUCCCACACACCGCAACAGGCGCAGGCGCACGGCCAGGACCAUGCCACCGCCACCGCCACCGCCACCGCCACCGCCACCGCCACCGCCACCGCUACCGCAGCUGAGGAGGAGCGGGAUCGGGAGCGGGAUCAGGAGCGGUUCCGUCGCUGCGUCAUGCACAUGUUGAUGAUCAAGAUCUGCCAGGACCGGGUCAUGGGCCCGCUCGCCCACAGCAUCCGCAUCUUCCCCAUCAUCACGUCGUGCCCGGAGGGCGACAUCAAGGCCCUCUCGCAGAGCAUGGACCUGCCGGACGAUGCACACGUGCGUCUGCUGAGCGCCCCUCGCAAGCACGAGUUCACGCUGGCGGAUGAACUCCUGGACUCCGAGGACAUCUCCAUUUACCCGGACCCUCGCUGGGCGCAGUGCACCCACAUGCUCACCAUUGUACCCUGGAAGCACCGCUGGCUCGUCUCCCUCGCAGAGCGGCCCGCCUUUGAGCCCUUCUUCGACCGCAAGGGAUCAGACCACAUCAUCCACACAAAGGCGCUGGGGGACUGGACACCCAUUUCUCGCGCGUACUUCAAGCUGAACGAGGUGCUCCUGCGCCGUUCAUUCACACUCACCAGGGAUAUGACGGCAAUCGACGUUGGGGCGGCGCCGGGUGGAUGGUCCCAGUGCAUGGCCAAGCAAGCUGGGCUGGUACUUGCUGUCGAUCCUGGUGCCAUUGAGGUUCCCCAUAUCCCUUACACCCCGGGCAUGAAGCGCCCGAGCGAGCCUGGAACCAUCAUCCACAUCCAGAAGCGCAUGCAGGACUCCCACGCCAUUUUGGAGGAGUUUGGGCCUUUGCACAUGUACACGUGCGACAUGAACGUCGAGUUUGGCGUCGUGCUGGAUCUGCUGGCAGAAGUGUUCCCGCACCUCGCUGUUGGCGCUCUCACGGUUGUCACUGUCAAGCUCUUCCGCAAGGCCAGACACUCGCUCGUCGCCAUUCGUGACGCGCAGACCAAGAUCAGGCAACUUGGGUUUGGGCACGUGCAGGUGCUGCACUUGUUUGCCAACAAGAAGCAGGAGUUUACGGUGAUUGGUGUGAAGCUGGACGCUGAGCAACGCGCCGCACAGUGGAAACGGCAGCAGGAAUACGAGGAAUCGCGCAAGGCCAGCAAGGCCGACAACAACGACAACUCGGACCCUCUUGCUGACCUCUAA